CAUUGGCAAAAACACACAAACAAAAAAUGACACCUCAAGGAAAUAAAGUUGUUCUUCAAUAACAAGAAACUGAACAGCUGAAAGUUAAACAGCGUUCCCUGCUGCCGCACCACUGAGACUUGUCCACAUCGAUGGAUAGAUCAUUGAUCCCAAGGGAAAUCCAGGAGUUAUCAUUUCUGUUUGGGACCAAUCUGUAAGGAAAAACUCGGUUCUACUAAUCCAAACCUGGAAAUACAGCUGCAAUCAUCAUCGAUACCACCUGACAUCAGACGACUCGCCAAAGAGAAGCAAUUCCAGACGACGCCUUGGAGAGGCUUUGCAAGAUAUAGAGGAGCGGUGGCUGCUGUUCGGAGGGAAAGCAGCAGAGGGAAGAGUGGUGCUGAGAGAGAAGCAGAGUGUGCAGCCACGCAGAGAUGGAGAGGACGCAGAGGAAGACAGAGGGAGACGGGAAGAAGGAGGAGACGGAUGAGGAGGUGGUGCACCUCCGCAGACAGAUAGGCCUCCUGCCCGCUGUGUCCUUAAUCAUCGGGACGGUGGUGGGCAGCGGCAUCUUCAUCGCACCCAAGGGCGUCCUGAUGAACAGUGGGAGCGUGGGACUGUCUCUGCUGGUGUGGACGCUGAGCGGGAUCCUCUCACUGUUUGGUGCUUUGUGCUUCGCUGAACUGGGCACCAGUUUUACAAAGUCAGGGGGUCAAUACAUUUACCUGCUGGAGACUCUGGGGCCGCUGCCUGCCUUCCUACGUCUCUGGAUAGAGUUCUUAUUCGUCAGACCGGCCGUGGCUGCCUACGUGUCGCUGGCGUUCGGCCGCUAUGUGGUGGAGCCCUUCUUUGAACCUUGUGAGCCUCCCAUGGGGCUUAUCAGACUUAUCAGCGUCCUCGGAGUGACAUUCGUCACGGUGGUCAACUGCUGGAGCGUGACCUUCGCCUAUCGCACCCAGGUCGUCUUGACUUUCGUUAAGAUGUUUGCUCUGGUCCUCAUCAUCGUCCCUGGUUUCAUUGCAAUUGGCAAAGGACAAACAGAAAACCUCCAGAACGGGUUUGAGGUCGACUUAUUAACAUUGGAUAGGUUGCCAUUGGCCUUCUAUAAUGGUCUAUAUGCCUAUGGUGGAUGGUUUUAUCUGAACUGUGUCACAGAAGAAGUCAUUAACCCAAACAGAAACAUCCCUCUGGCCAUAAGCAGCUCCAUGGUGACAGUGACGGUCCUUUACGUGCUCACUAACGUGGCGUACUACACCAUGAUGACGCCCGCUGAGCUCCUGCUGUCUGACGCUGUGGCUGUGACGUUUGCCAACCGUGCCAUCCAGGCCAUUGCUCCCGUGAUCCCGGUCCUUGUGGCCCUGUCGUGCCUCGGAGCUCUCAAUGGGGGCUUGUUUGGAUCACCAAGGAUGCUGUUUGUGGGAGGCAGGGAGGGUCACUGGCCCCUGAUCUUUUCCAUGAUUCACGUCCGCAGGAGGACACCUUUGCCUGCUGUGCUGUUUCAGUACCCCUUGGCGAUGUUGAUGAUAUUCAACGGUGAGAUCUACCAGCUCAUCAACUUCGUCUCCUUCUCUCGCUGGUUCUUCAUCGCCUUGACAACCCUGGGGAUGCUCAUCCAUCGUCAUCGCUUCCCUCUCCUCCCGAGACCCUUCAAGGUGCCCGUGCUCAUCGCGGUCAUCUUCACGGUGGCUUGUUUCUUCAUCGUGGGUAUGUCUCUGUAUUCUGACCCCUGGAACACAGGGUGGAGCUGCAUUCUCACACUGACCGGAGUCCCAGUUUACUACGUGACCGUCCACCGCUUCUGUUUGCCCAAGAGGUGUAGACGCAUCUUCAAUUUCUGCAGCAAGCAGCUGCAGAUCCUUCUGGAAGUGGCUCAACAGGAAAUCCAGACAUACUGAGGAUACUAGAGCUAGAGAAUAGUCUGUAUUUAAAGAUGGACGACCAGCUCCACUUCCUCCAACCAUCCAGAAAUUAAGCCAAAUUAUUGCUGCCAUCUUGCAAAGUAGCGAUCAUGGGAUUGAGACGAGGUAUCGUGAAGUCCCGCCAAUACACACGCUCGACCAAUCAUGAGUCAGUCUCAGCUGUCAAUCAUUAAAUUUCCCCCAGUUUAUAAUAGCAUCAAACACCUGAACAGUGUGAUGAGAACUAACUAAACUGACAGAAACCAUCUUUGAGAAAAAUACCUACUCCCUGUUAUUAAUCAUGUGAGUGGAAAUGAAGGAGUCAGAAAAUGCCAUCACAUCGUGUAGUUUUACAACUUUUAGAGACAUUGGACAUGAUCUAAAACUUCUUUAGACUAACCAAACAUUCUUCACCUUCCAUCCAUGUAUACCGAUUCUACUUCCAGUAAAUUCUUGAUAAUAUAUCACAAUGAAAUGGCAUU